AUGUCGCCGAAGCUUUCAAUGCUGCUGGCUGCGACCUGUACGCUUCCGGUCUUCGGCGAGCGUUUUUGGUAUGUUUCUGCUUUGACGGCAAGCGCAUCGCUCACCUCAGCAGACGGCAGCUUCGACGAACAAUCUUGGCUCAAGGAUGCAGAUCCGCCAACGCCGGAGAGGGCUGCCGCAUUCUUGGAUUGCGAAGGCCUUGGUCAAGACCACGGAUUCUGGCCAGUGUUUCGACAAGCCCUCCUCACCGAGGGUGUUUUUGGGGAGACCACACUUCAGCUCGCCGUGAGGAAAUGGACGGACUAUGAAAAUUUCCAGGAAGACCUCUUCCGUCGGCGGGACAGUGGAGGCGAGAUGAUCAUGACCGUCCCCGGCCUCACAUUCGCGAACGGCUCAGCAGUCGAAACACGAAUCGCGGACCUGAUCGACCUGCCGCUGGUGCUUCAGAAGGCGCACUUCUCCCAGCUCUUCGAUGAUCCGCCGAAAUGGGGGCCGGAGGAGUUUGCAGGAUUUUUGGCCUGCCCUGUGGGCUUUGUGCUCGUGCAGUACGUCAUUUUCCUCGCGAAUAAGGUUCGCGCCCAGCUGGAUCCAGAGACACUGAAACAGUACUGGGAGGCGAUGCUGAAUGCCUUCGGCUCGAUCUACUCGGUUCCAAACUACGUCCUCGACCACUCGGAGUCCGCCAAUUGGGGCUUGACAUCAACGGACAUCGCUGUGAACAUCAACACGGAGCCGGGUGUGUACUAUCCGCGCUACGAGGACUAUUGCUCGCGUCAUCCUGUGCCACCUCCAAGACUGACAGCUUGGCACGAGGAUUCCACGAGUUUGAUGACGCUGGAAGCAUCAGGGCCGGAUUUCUCUGGACUCUGCGCUGGCCGCUCACGAAUUCCCAUCGCGCUGAUCGGAGAACACGGGCCAGUGAACUUGGACCACUUGAGCACUGCCCGCGCUGCAUUGAAG